AUGUCGGAAAGUCCCUGGCGCUGGGGGUGGAAAUCCCCGCUCUGCUGGGGCUUUUUUCUCUGCUUAGUAAAAUAGAAAGGAAAAAACAAGAGUCUUUACAGUUUAUAGCCAGCGCAGCAGCAGCAGCAACAGGGAGGGGGCGGCUGAGGGAAGCCCAGCCAGGCGCUACUAAGGAGCCUGAUUCUCUUGCAACCCCGUCUGGUCGGGCAUUCAUGGCUCCCAAGCUUGGCUCUGUCCUAACCUUGGUGCACUGGAUCUGAGAAGGAUUUUAUCCGCCGCGCUGCGCUUUUGGAGGAGCCCUUCUGCAGAAAGGUUUCUUCUCGGAAAAUGGCUGGCCAACAAGUUCUUCCCCAAGCUUUGUAUCUGAGCAAUAUGCUGAAAGCCGUGAAGAUUAGGGAGAGAAUUCCUGAAGACCUUGUCAUACCCACCAAUGGAAUAAUUCAUCACUUUAAAACAAUGUACAGAUACACAGUAGAAAUGUUCAGAAUGUGCCAGUUUUGUCCUCAGUUUCGGGAAAUCCUUCAGAAAGCUUUAAUUGACCGAUCCACCCAGAGCUCACUGGAACAUCAGAGGAAGCUGAACUGGUGCAGGGAAGUUAGGAAACUUGUGCCGUUAAAGACUAAUGGUGAUGGUAAUUGCCUCCUGCAUGCUGCAUCCCAGUACAUGUGGGGUGUUCAAGAUGUUGACUUGGUCCUGAGGAAAACACUAUUCAUCGCUCUGCAGGAAGUGGAUACACGCAACUUCAAGCUUCGUUGGCAACUAGAGACUGUUAAAUCGCAGGAGUUUGUAGAAACAGGACUCCACUAUAACACCAGGAACUGGGAAGAGGAAUGGGAGAAUCUCAUCAGUAUGACAUCCCCAGAAACAUCAGUGGCCCGAAACGGGCUUCAGUACAAUGCACUGGAAGAAAUCCAUAUAUUUGUCCUUGUUAACAUCCUCAGAAGGCCGAUCAUAGUUCUUGCAGACAAAAUGCUGAGAAGCUUGGAGUCUGGUUCAAGCUUUGCCCCUCUGAAUGUUGGUGGAAUUUACUUGCCUCUCCACUGGCCAGCUGAAGAAUGCUAUAGAUAUCCUAUUGUCCUGGGCUAUGACAGAAUGCAUUUCACACCACUAGUCACUCUGAAGGACAGUGGGCCAGAAAUCCGGGCUGUCCCACUGGUCAGCAGUGAACGAGGCAGGUUUGAAGACUUGAAGGUGCACUUUCUGACAGACCCUGAGGAGAUAGGAAAGGAGCAGCUACUGAAAGAAUACCUGACGGUGAUAGAGAUUCCAGUGCAAGGCUGGGAUCAUGGUACAACUCAUUUAAUUUAUGCUGCAAAGUUAGAUGAAGGCAACUUACCCAAAGAGAUAAAUCUGGUGGAAGAUUACUUUCAACUGGUACAGCACGAGUACAAGAAAUGGCAAAAGAACAAUACGCUUAUGACGAGGGAGCCCUACACUGGGAAUAUACUGGAACUGUCCUUACCCCAGCUGUCUCUUGUAGAGGUGAAAUGUGAAACUCCCAAUUGCCCCUUCUUUAUGUCUGUGAACACCCAGCCCUAUUGUCAUGAGUGCUUUGAGCGGAGGCAACAGGGAAAUAAACCAAGGAGAUCGAGCGCCAAAACGGUAUCUGAAAAGUCCCGGAAGACUGGAGCAGGCUCAUCUAGGGUUGAGUUUUGUGAGCCCGGGGGCGGGCUAUCUGAAGAGCCAGUGACAGGGCCUCAUUCUGCACCUCCAACAGCUCCAAGCCUUUUUCUGUAUAGUGAAACCACUGCUAUGAAAUGCAGGACUCCAGACUGCCCUUUUACGUUAAAUGUGCAACACAAUGGACUCUGUGAACGCUGCUACAAUUCCAGACAGCUCAGUCCCUCUAACAACUUGGACAACCUGCGACAUAUAAACAGUGUGACAUGUAAAAUCUGCCUUCAGGACACAAAUAGAACCUUUAAUGGCAUCUGCAGCUCUUGUCUCAAAAGGACUACAGAGCCAUCAAUUGCCAAUCCUGUCUUCCUGCCUACAUUCCAUCAGAGAUCUCACUCCGACCCUUCACAGCUAUCACAGAGCUUCCUCCAGCAUUCCUGUCGUGCAGCACCCAGCAACGAGCUGGAGGAGCUGCCUUCUUCAGUAAUGCUUCCAGCUCCUCACAAUUCGGAGGAAAGGAAUGGAAGUAGCCAGUGCAGAAAACCUGGCUGCAUGUUUUUUGGGACUCCUCAGAAUGAAGGCUUUUGCACUCUAUGCUUCUUUGAGUACAAGGAAAACAACGACAGUGCCUCACUACUUCAUCAAAGAAGGUCUCAAAGGAAUUCUUCUGCUUCUGGUCAGCCUGGGACCUCUGCUGCCACAUUCCACAACACCAUUUCCUGCCUGGGGCGAGAAUGUGGCACCCUGGGCAGCAGUAUGCUUGAAGGGUAUUGUCAGAAAUGUUUUAUUGAAGCACAGACUCAGCGAUUCCGUGAAGCCAUAAGGACUGAACAGCAGCUAGUGGGACAAUCUGAAAGAACUGGGCAACACCGAGACUUACAGGUAUCAGCAGUGGGGAGCCAAAAGCGAAAGUGUGCCACGGCUUCUUGUAGGAACAACUUAGCCUGCAGAAACGAUGAGCUGUGUCAGGAGUGCCAGCGAGUACAGUCUGGGAAUCCUAGAGGCCCUGCUGCAGAAGAGCCUCCAAAACAGUGCUGCCGAGCCACUGGCUGUGAUCAUUAUGGCAAUAAUAAGUGCAGCGGCUACUGCAACGAAUGCUACCAGUUCAAAGAGAUGUAUGGCUAGCGGAGAAGUGCUGGCAAAGCGCAACACCUGCUUCUACCUCGCUGAAAUGGUGCUAUGUCCAAAACACUUAAGAGGCCAGCCAUGGCAAGGUCCAUUUGAACAGUGUGACGUGUGCAUAUAUAUGGCUUUGGGGGGAAAAUAAGCUGUCUGGUUAUGUACAUAUUUAUUGCCGUGGGUAUGAAUAAAUAUCCACUUAAUACAAACACUGCAUAUGUUGAACAAUGAGAAGUCAGUCUGCUUUCUGCACAGAGGAAUCUUGCAGGAAUGGUCUGCUAUAAUGCUGACUCCAAACUCCCUCUCCUCUUGGAUUUCAAAAUUCCUCGAGUGCAUACUGGGGCAAAGUGAAGCAUUUGAAUAGGGAGGACUUUGAAACUUUGCCUCUGCACUGAUACCUCCCCUGCACCUUGUCAGAACUGACCAUUCAGAGUGCAAGGACACUCAACCAAUGUCUGAGGUGCAGAGCUUCUUCAAUUGGCCUACGUCAGUGUUUUGCUCAAGGUGAGGCUGGCCCUUCUUGAGAGGACUCCAUUCUUGUCCAGGGGAGUCUGGUGCAAGCUGGGGGUGAAGAUGUAGUUAAGAAACUUGCUUUCGCUUGGUUGCCUUCGUCUAAGAGCUUUGUCUUGCAUGUAGAGUGUUCUGGUUGGUUCUGUGUUUGCUGAGCCCUGGGCAGAAAGAAGUCACAAAUGAAGGACAACUCGCUGCCUGCCCAGCCAACAUGUUUAACCAAUGCACCUCCCUUUCCAAAAUGCAAAAAUAAUAGGGACCCAACGAGUAAGCCCAUAACCGUUGGCUACAAAUGCAUUUACGUGAAGGGAGGCCUGAACACUCCCCUCCCCGUCCCCUAGGGAAGGAAAUACCACCACAAGGUAUGAGAAACAGCCCUAGGUUUCGAUGCUGAUGCCAAAAUCACCCUGUCUGCUUUGGUGUAGGAGGAAGCACAAUAGCAGUCAGUGCUGCGCAAGCUGCUCUUUUCGUAUUUUAUUGCCCCCCCACCCCUGUUUUUCUGGCAUCAAGGGCCCAAUCCUGCAAAAUGAUGAGCGCCUUUUGUCCAGCGUUGGGAACUAUCAUCUCCUGUUUUGGGAGUUAAGGGCACUCAGGAUCUCAGGAUUGGGCCCUGAUUAUCUCUGCAGUUGCUGCUCAGAUAUUUUUAUGCCUUCCAGGGUAUCUGUUUGUUCAGCUGAAGGACUUUAUUUUAUUUUUGUAACACUUGGUUUUCUACAGCGGCAGGGUAUCCUAGUCGUAAUAUAGACAUACAGUCAAUGAGAUCCAGCCCAUGCCCUGCAGCUGAGAGACCAGUUCUGUCACUUACUCUUUCAUAUGUUAGAGAUUACUUUGUAACCAAACCCAAAAUGUAAGGAAGGUUUUAAAAGUAAACUCCAUGGUACACAACAAUGGCCACUUUUGUGGCUCCUGUAGCUGCUGUCCAUGUCUAAUGAUUGCGAGUUUGUACCUGUCCUGGUUUUAGAAUGAGAUUGGGAUUUACAUUUGCAGGAAUGGUAUGGCCUGGCUUUUGUUGCUGCUGUUUGAGGUUAGAAAUUAAAGGGGGCAUUGCCGUGAACUUCUGUGGGGCCACAAUUUCACUCCUGGAGUUCAGGUCUCCACUUCUCAAGCUACAUUUCUUUCUCUAGCAAACUUGUCUGAUUGCUGUACCAGAACUGCUCUUGUUUCCCUCUGCUUUUCAUCCCACCCCCAUCCCUCAGUUUUUUUCAGCUUUUAUUGCUGCUAUUAUUUUGGAGGAAGCAGUGUGUACAACAGCUGCUCUGAUCUACUUGUAUCAUUAUUGAACUUUUUCUAUAUAUAUUUGUGAACUUCUACAAUAAAUGUGAAAUUAAGAUAUUUAUGUUAUUCAAAUAAUGUACCUUGAAAUUUGCACAUAUUUUAGGAAAUUUUUUUAGUAUAAUUUACUCAUUAACUUUGACAAAGUAAAUGUAUAAUUGGAAAAAAAAAUUCUCCAAUAUAAA